GGGUCGAAAAAUAUGACCGGGCAUUAGACCUGGAAAUCAGGUCGGGGACUUCGGUUAUGGGUCGAGUCAUGUUUGGUUGGCUGAUUGCGGUUAAAUAUUGACCCAACCCAUUUGGUUUUGGGUCGGGUUACAGGUCAUUUCGGGUUAUGAGCGUUCUCAAAAAAAAUAUCAAACAUGCUUCAUAAUUUCUUAAAGAACACAAAUUUUCACAUAUGCAUGACAAUAAUUUACCUAAACACAUGUCAAUUAACAUAUCAUCAAAUCCUCCCACACUAAUGAAAUGAAAUACAAAUUGCGCAAAUCGUCAAAGAGCAAUCACAAGAGUAAUACUACUACAAGAAACAUAUGAUAUUUGAUUAUCCUUAAACUCCUAACAUGUCAUUCAAAUCCUUGUGAUUUUUUUUAAACAUCUCACCAAUUUAUGAGUGAUUUUAUCAUUUUGGGAGUGAUAUAUAAAAUGAAACGGGUCGACCCGCAAACCCACCCAACCCAAAAAAUCAAGGGUUAUCGGAUCCGAGUUAUUCGGUUUUCGGGUUACAAAAAUUUCUAGUUUUCGGGCGGUUUCGAUAUCGGGUUAACGAAUUGGAUUGUAAUUUUCCAGGUCUACCGGGCAUCGCCUUAGCCGAACCGAAGAAGCUCGGUCUCCUGAUCUUGAUACGGCCGGCGAAUGAUGCAAAAGGAUUCCCUUACCUAAACUACUUACUAUAUUCCAACGCCUAUCGCCUAGCUAGCCGCUAAUUUCAACUCAUUCCUUAUCAUCACCUUGGUUAAUUAUCGUUUAUCACUACUAAAAUUGGUCUUCUUCCUGCAAGUUUUCCCCAGAAAGAAGAUGGCGAUUAGUUCUGACAAGAGCAGAGUCAUGAGACUAAGUAUUAUGAUCAGCAGUUUACUUAUAAAAUGUUUGAUCCAUUUACUAGCUAUGGCCGCAUUGCCUUGUGAAUCAGCUCAUGAUCAUGAUGUUGAUCCAACCAGAGGUUUCGUCUCCUUGCCAUUCAACCGGUCCUACUACCACAUCCAGAGCCCUUACAAUUUGCCGGAAGAGAAGCGUUACAGCUUCGUCAAUGGCGUCCACAAGUGCUGGGUUUACUCCACCGACAAGCCGCAUUCCCGCACCAGCAGGACCAAGCCCCGCACCGAGAUCGCUAUCCAGGGGUAUCAAUACAAAUCGGGCACGUGGGAAUUCGAAGCGUAUGGUUACGUGCCGAAAGGGACAUCCGGUGUGUCGAUUAUGCAGGUGUUUGGAAGCAAGCCACCGACGGCGACUUCGCUGAUGCUCAUGGUUUACGACGGCAGCCUCCACUGCUACAGCAGGGGUCGAGUCGUGGUCGCAGACAUCUACGACAGGUGGUUCAAGCUGAACGUGGUCGACGAUUUCGAUUCCGGGAGGAUUAAGGUUUACAUCAAUAACGAGAUGAAGCUGGAGGUUCUUGGGCGUGGGGGCAAAUAUCAUGCGUUCAAAUGUGGAGUGUAUGCACACCGGAACGAUUCUCGUCGGAUGGAGUCUCGCUGGAAGGGCAUAAAGAUUUUCAGAAAGAGAGUCUAGAGAGUAGAGAGAGUGUGUGCCAAACGUCAGAUCUGAAAGAAAAAAGAUGUUUCACUAUGAUUGAUUUCGUUUUACCGACGAGUAUGUAAGACGUUUCUUGUUAGCUAGUUGUGCGUACUACAUAGAAAUUUUGGUGUUUUGGACUAGAAGAUUAUUGACGGAGUAGGCUCAUCAAUAUUGUAUGAGCAACUGCAAGCCAUUCUAUUAAUGAAUGCAAAAGGAUUAG